GGACGACAACGGCAACUGUUCCGGUCCAGCUCAAUCGACUUGACCGUCUAGAUGAAGUGACACACUACGGGCCCCGACAUUAUCGUCGCCCAGUUGCAACUCGGAUGGCAGGGACGGGCUGCCAAAUAAUAAAAAGGAUAUUUGAAGAAUUUCCCUCCACCCACCGUGAUGGCGUCCGAAUACGAACGCAUCCGGCGCCAGUGCCUCAAACGCGGCGAACUUUGGGAGGACACGGAAUUCCCGACGACGCAAACGUCCAUUUUCUACCACCAGUCGCCGCCAUUUCAAUUUGUUUGGAAACGGCCCAAGGAACUGGCCACCAAUCCGGUGUUUAUACGCGAGGGAACUUCGGUGCUGGACGUUGUUCCGGGUAAACUGGGCGACCGUUGGCUCGUCUCCACUUUGGGCUGCCUCUUUUUGACCAAAGGAUUUUUCUACCGGGUCGUUCCGGCCGACCAGGGAUUCGACACGGCCCUGGACGGUACAAAUUCGUCGACAGGUUAUUGCGGAGCGUUCCGGUUUCGGGUCUGGUGGUGCGGCGAAUGGGUCGAAGUGACCGUGGACGAUCGUCUGCCCACUGUCAAUGGCCGUCUGGUGUUUGCCCACUGCCUCAAUUCCGGUCAGUUUUGGCCGUGCCUCUUGGAGAAAGCUUACGCCAAGUUGCACGGCUCGUACGAAGCGUUGAAAUACGGCACCACAUUGGACGGGCUGGCGGAUCUAACCGGCGGAGUAACGGAAAGCCUUUCAGUGGUCGGCGGUGGUCACAUCAACAAAGACACGUCCUUUCAUGUCCGGCUCCUGGCCCGCCUCCUGGCCAACACUUCCAUACUAACGGCCGUGGCCCAUCGCCCUACUACUACUACCGGCACCAUCCAGCAGCAGCAGCAACAACAACCCAACAGCCUGACGUCGCCGCAGCCCAACAACAAGGAGAACAACAACAAUAAUAAUAGCUUGUCCUCUUGCAACAGCAGCAGCACAACCACAAGCAAUGGAUUAACAACAACCAAGGAGCAAUCACUGCAACAACAGCAACAAUCAUCUCGCAGCGUCACCGAUCGGCUGCCCAUCGGCAUCCUCGUCGGCAUCAAUUACAAAAUCUGCGCAGUAGACAAGGUGGAUACAUUGACGGAGGAGAGCGUGCCACUUUUGCGUCUGCGAUGCCCGUACGGGCGUCACGGCGAGAGCACGGGCGACUGGUCCCGUGGCGACGCCAAAAACUGGGAGACGUCCGUUUCCGUGUCGGCGGCCGAGCGCGAGCGACUCGGACCCGACCAACUGCCCGACGGCGAGUUUUAUCUGAGUUUUCCCGAUUUUAUCGCCACGUUUACGGCCAUCGAGUGCGUCCACCUGGACGCCGAAACCAGUCGCGACGAGCCCACCUUGCAGGGGCGAGUUGCCUGGAUCACUCGAGUUUACCAGGGAUGUUGGCAACGUGGAGUCACCGCCGGCGGCUGCCGCAAUAAUUCCGAGACAUUCCACAUUAAUCCGCAACUGCAUCUGAUUGUCAGCGAUGCCGACGAGGUUGUCAUAUCGCUGAACCAGCACAGCGUCCUCGAGCCGAAAGUCAUCGGCUUUUCGGUUUAUCCGCUGCCCAAGCUGACGGGCUCAGACCUUAUCAAUCGAGCUUUCUUCAAAAAGACCAAAAGUCUCGUCAACUCGCAGUACACCAACAGUCGACAGGUGAGUCAGCGCUCCCAACUGGAUCAAGGCGGUUAUUUGAUCGUUCCUACAACUUUCGAAGCGGGUCACGAAGGAUCCUUCACUUUGCGGGUGUACAGCACUCAGGCCAUCAAGCUCAAAUUGGUGGAUAUGUUGCCGUGUCAAAUGAAACCGACUCUGAUUCGAGCCCCUCCGGUCAUCAACGGCUACAGCACGCAGACUUCUGACGGUAAAAACGUGGCCCAAUACGAGGCCGUCUUCCUCCAAUUGGCCGAUGAGCAUCGCACCGUUAACGCGUUCGAGCUGCACGAAUUGCUCGAGGCUUGUCUACCCAAUGAUUACAUCAAGAGCUGCGCAAAUUUGGACGUUUGCCGGCAACUCGUCCUCGUCUUUGAUGUGUCUGGACUGGGUAGACUGAAACUGACGGACUUUCGUGACUUUAUGGCCAGUCUGAAACAAUGGCAAACGGCUUUCAAAUCGCACACGAAGGAGAAGACGGGCAUUCUGAGAGCCGAGCGCUUCCGUGACGCCCUUCACGACGUCGGAUUCCAAGUGAAUAACGACGUUCUCUCGGCCCUCAUUUUACGUCACAUGCGCAAAGAUGGAACCCUCAGAUUCGGAGAUUUCGUUUCGGCCGUCCUCCACCUCACCGUGGCAUUUGGGACUUUUGAUAAGCGUGAUCCGCUCCAGAACGGAAGUGUCAAGCUCACACUCACAGAGUGGCUCAAGUACGCGCUUAUGUGCUGAUCUUUUUUUGUGAUUGGCUGCUUUUUUUUUACAUCACACACACACACACACAAGUUUUAUAUGCUCACAUCCGCAUUGCUGGAUUUUUGCUCAUUUUUUUUACGUACACACACCCACACGAAUAAGCAAAUUUUUUAUAAUUUUGUAUAUAGCCUUUUUUAAAAGAAAUGCUUGGCAAUAAACAACCAAUUGUUUGUUUUUUUCGGGA